AUGGCAGUACCAUCCUCUCCAGACCUCAGUGCGAGCCAUGUGCUGCAUCAUCCUCCUCAAAUAUUCGAGCCAGAUGAACCCCCCUAUCGCUCGCUGAUGAGGGCCAAUUCCGCCGCAUCCCUCGCCGGCUCUUUUCGUCGAAUGUCAUGGAGCAUGGGCCCCGACGAUGAAGAUAUUCCCCCCCUUCCCCGGAGUCCUUGGCCCGCAGAAUCCCCCGAGGAUCGCCGCCGACACCUGGCCGAAGAGCGGCGCGUCUCCCAGAUCCUCGCCGAUCCGCAGAUGAGGAGCAUGAUGCUCCUCGGAAAGGAAAGCAGCAAGUAUCAGUGGAGCAAGUACUGGAAAUCCGAAGCCGAGCUCAAAACUCUGCGCAAGCCCAUACGCAAGUACUAUGAGCGUGUGAAUGACCUGAUACGUCAGUAUAUGUACAUCGACGCGUUACUAGACUCAUCCAUUCGCCAUGAGCUGCUGAAUGAGUAUUCUGCGCGUUUGGAUGCCUCCGCCUUCCGCACAGUUGAAGUGCCCCAGACUAUUCACGAGGAAGCUUCCUCCACUCACUCGUCAACAGCCGUAAUGUCCAGUCAUGAAGGAACUUCGGAAUCUCCUCCAGACGGUGUGACGAGCCAGCCUGGUAAAAAGAAGCCCGUGAAGCGAACGGCGAAAGAUAUCCUUCGCGUUUCUGAAACUACCCCCCUCCUAGCCCGGGAUGAGGAGGAAGCCGGAGCCGAAUCCAACCCCGUAAAGCCCUACGCUCCGUGGCUGGAGGACGCCGAACUAGAUCAUGACGAUCCCAUAGUCUCCAUUGCACUCUACGUCAACACCAUCGCCAACGUUAUUCUGCUAGUUGCUAAGGUCAUCGUUGUCGCGUCGGUUCCUUCCAUGUCUGUCUUGGCGAGCUUGGUCGAUGCGGUUCUGGAUUUCUUGAGCACCGCCAUUGUAUGGACGACGACUAGUCUAAUCUCUGCAAGUCAGACCGACCAGUUUCGGUACCCCGUUGGAAGGCGCAAGUUGGAACCCGUGGGGGUCUUAGUCUUUUCCGUCAUCAUGGUCACUUGUUUUACUCAGGUGGCGUUGGAGUCCAUCCAACGGCUACUAUCAUCCAACCAUGAAAUCCUUGAGCUGGGACUUCCUGCCCUCCUCGUCAUGCUUAGCACCGUAGUCAUAAAGGGGGCUGUCUGGCUGUGGUGCCGUGUCAUCAAGAACUCCAGCGUCCGCGCUCUAGCCGACGACGCGUUAACCGAUGUAAUAUUCAACACGGGGUCGAUCCUCUUCCCUAUCGUCGGUUUCUACGCCCGAAUAUGGUGGCUCGAUUCCUUUGGUGGUCUUGUUCUCUCCCUGGUUGUCAUGGCCACCUGGACUAUUACGUCCAUGCACCACAUGCGCAACCUGACGGGUUUCUCGGCCCAGCCGGAUGAGCGUAACAUUCUUCUCUAUCUUACCAUGAGGUUUGCCACCGCGAUAAAGCAGAUCCAGAAUCUAAGAGCCUACCAUGCCGGCGAUAGAUUGUUCGUAGAGUCCUCCUCGUGGUCCGUCAACGUGCGGAGGGAGAGAUAUACUGACGAAUGGUGCGCUAUAAAGGUCGACAUUAUUCUCGAGGCGAAUACGCCACUCAAGGAUAGUCACGAUCUAAGCGAGGUCCUGACGUAUUUCCUCGAGAGUGUUCCUAUUGUAGACCGGGCAUUCGUUCAUGUCGACUACGACAGUUACAAUGUCCCGACGCAUGUGUCUCAGUGA